CGGGUCCGGGGUCUCAGCCCCUCCCCGCCCCCAGGCUCCCACUCCAUGAAAUAUUUCAAAACCGCCGUGUCCCGGCCCGGCCGCGGGGAGCCCCGCUUCAUCGCCGUCGGCUACGUGGACGACACGCAGUUCGUGCGGUUCGACAGCGACGCCGCGAGUUCGAGGAUGGAGCCGCGGGCGCCGUGGGUGGAGCAGGAGGGGCGGGGGUAUUGGGAACCGGAGACGCGGACCGUCAAGGGCACCGCACAGAGUUUACUAAAGAAACUGAAUGCCGCAUGUGUCAACUACAACCAGAGCGAGGCCGGUGAGAGACGCGGGCCCAGGUCGCGACCUCCCAUCCCCAUGGACGGGCCGGGGUCUCCCCGAGUCUCCGGGUCCGAGAUUCACCCCGAGGCUGCGGGACCCGCGCGGCCCCCGACCCGGGAAGAGCCGGCAGGGACUUUCCGCGGUUUCAUUUUCAAUCUGUGCCUCCUCCGCGGGUACAGACAGGUCGCCUACGACGGCGCCGAUUUCAUCGCCCUGAACAAGGACCUGCACCCUGGACCGCGGCGGACACGGGGGCUCAGAUCUCCCGGCGCAG